AGAUAUACUAUCUGUCUCAUUAUUUUGUCGAACGUGCUCUCAAUAACCAUUACAUCUCAUCUUUAACUUCGUCUUCUCCACAUCGAACUUCGUCUUUUUCGAUUCCGCAUUUUCUGCUUGCGUUUGUUCAGAUCCACCGAGAGUGAGCGAGGAGAGGAAGGACAGAUCGUGAAAAAGAAAGACUGAAACGAUGUCGUUUACAGGAACACAGCAGAAGUGCAGGGCGUGUGAGAAGACAGUGUACCCAAUGGAGCUUCUCUCAGCUGAUGGUGUCCCUUUCCACAAGUCUUGCUUCAAGUGCUCUCACUGCAAAUCCACCCUUCAACUGAGCAACUAUUCAUCAAUGGAAGGUGUGUUGUACUGUAAGCCUCACUUUGAGCAGCUCUUCAAGGAGACUGGUAGCUUCAACAAGAACUUUCAAUCACCUGCAAAGCCAUUAACUGACAAGCCAACCCCUGAGCUGACAAGGACACCUAGCCGAGUUGCUGGAAUGUUCUCCGGAACGCAAGAUAAAUGCGCUACUUGCAGUAAAACAGUGUAUCCUAUCGAGAAGGUAACUGUGGAGAGCCAGUGUUACCACAAGUCUUGCUUCAAGUGUUCGCACGGAGGCUGUCCUAUCUCUCCAUCCAACUACGCAGCUCUUGAAGGGAUCUUGUACUGCAAGCACCAUUUUGCUCAGCUUUUCAAGGAGAAAGGAAGUUACAAUCACCUCAUCAAAUCUGCUUCCAUCAAACGCUCCGCCGCUGCGGCUACUGCUGCUGCUGCUGCCGCCGCCGUAGAAGCCGUCCCUGAAUCUUAAAAGUUACAUUUUUAAAUUUUAAAAAAGUGGUUUCUUUGUGUCUGUGAUUGUGUUACUUUUCUCACUUGCUCAUGUUCUUGUCUCUGCUGAGUUUGUUCUUGUUGUGAUUCUAACUACUAUGCAGCUUUAAAAACCAGCACUGUGUACCUUAUCUUUGAAUGGUAA